AUGAUUAUUUUAAAGAAAACGAAAAUAUCGUGCGUGAAAAAAUAUUUUUCUCAUUUUAAAUAUGUAAAUUUUAAAUCAAACUUUGUCACUGUAAAUUUGAAUUCUCAAAAUAAGGAAAGAAAAAAGAAAUGUUACAAGAAAAUAAAAUUACACGCACUUUUUAGUGAUAAUUUAAAUGUAUGUGAUAGGUUAGCAUUACUGAAAAAUUCACCUAAGGACAAAAAUGAAAAAUGUGAAGGAAUUAGUGGAAAAGCAAUAUACAAAUAUCUGCUUAAUGAAUAUAAAAAAUGCUUUAAUUAUAUAAGUUUUAGCGCUGUAAUACAAAGCAUAAAAAUUUUUGAUGAACUGGACAAAAUUUUUAGUCAUGAUGAUAAUUUUUUUAUAGUAAUAAAAGGUGUAGAUAAAAAUGUUUUAAGUAAAAUAAACGAAAUAGAAUUCAGUGAAAAGAAUCUAUGUUUUCAUAGAAGGGAAUUAUUAGGGAAAAUUUGUAACAGGUUGAUUAAAGAUGUGCAUGAAAUAAGCGGAAAUGAAUUGAUUCAUUUUAUGGUUUAUUUUUUUAGAUGGAAUAAAGGUGACAGGAAGUUGUGCCUUUUCUAUAAUUUUUAUUUUAAUCAUGUCUUUGCUAAUUUAUAUCUUUUUGGCUAUGAAAUUUAUAAAAUCCUUUUUAUAUUAAACACGUAUCUCAUUAAUAAUGAUUUCAAUAUUAUUUUUGAUGAGAACCUAAUGGGAAAAAAUGUGUAUGAUGCAUACUUUUUUAGAGAAUUAAAAAAUCAAGGAAAGUAUGCGCUCAAAAUGAAUAAGGAUGAAAUUUACAAGAACUGCUAUGACAAAUUGUUGGAAGAUAUAGAUAAAAUUGAAAAAAAUAAUAUAGUAAACAUUUUAAAGUUAUAUAUUGAUAAUUUAAGCAAAAACAUCAAUAUAGACAAUAAACUUUUGGAUAUUGUUCAUAAGAAUUUAUUAAACGAAAACAUAGAAUAUUUUGUAAAAUUAGUAAAUCUAUACUGCUUCAUGAUUAAGAAAGAGAUAUAUGACAAUUCUUCAGUAGUUUCCAAGCUAAAGGAAGUGAUUUUAUGCAUUUGUCAAGUAUUAAGAGAAAAAGAAAACCAAAAAAAGUUUCUUUCUGACAUAAAUUAUAGCACUGUAUUAAAUUCACUAAAUAAUAAGAAUGUUUUAAAUAAAAUUCUGGAUAACAAUUUUGGUCUAUUGUAUGAAUAUUUGUUAAAAAAAUUUUCUAAUAUAAAAUUUGAAAAUUUACAGGCUCUUUCUAUUUCACUUAUUUCUAUAAAGAAUAUAUAUUUCGCCUUAUUAAAAAAGAAUUAUUUUACGAAUAAUGUUUUAUUUUGUGAUACCUUUAAAAUUGGUUUAAAUAUAUCUAACAGUUUCUUAGAGAAAUGCAUAAAAACGAAUAAUGAAAGUAUAAUGCACAUUAUAUGUAGUGAUAGUGCAUCAAAUGAAAUAAGUUUGAAAAACAUGAAGGACACAAAGAUGAGGAAGAGAAACGAAUAUUAUUUUUACAAAAUAGAAAAUUAUACUGACUUUAAUUUCAAAUUGAAAACUAGUGACUUAUUGUCUAUUAAAGUUUUGUCUAACUCUUUCGCAAAGGUGAACAAAGUGCACAAUUCCUAUGAUUUUUAUUUGCUCUUUAAUAAUAUUUCUUGUAUUUUAUAUUAUUUUAUAGUAAAUAAGAGAACAAUAAGGAGAUAUAGUGAUACGCAUAUAUACAUUUUGAAUGACCUUUCUAAUAUAUAUAAAAAUGUGAAAAAUACUGUAAAACAUACCGGUUUAAUCUCAAAUGAUGUUGAAAAGUUAUUUUGUAAAAACAUUUUAAAAGUUAGUGAUCUUUAUAUUAAGCAUCUUCAUGAAGAAAAUAACUUCCAAAGAGAUCAAUAUAUAUGUUCAUUGAUCUUCCUGAAUAAUAUAUUUUUCGAUAGAAUUAUUCUUUUUGAUUAUGUAAUUGAUAUAUGGUGUCAUGUUAUUAAAGCAUAUAACUACUUUAAACAUAAUAGAAUGUUUAACGAGGAUACAAUAUCUUUAAUUCUUCUAAGUUGUUCUAAGUUCCAGUUCUUUAUUGAAAAUAAUAGUAAUAACAGAUACUACAGAAAGGAGUUGAUGAUUUUAAAAUAUAACAUUAUUGAUGAUUUAACUAAAAACUAUUUAAACACAUACAAGUCUAUUUCCUUGGACAACUUAUCAAAAGUUUUGAUAUCACUGUCCAAUUCCAAAUGGAGAUAUGAAAUUAGUGAAAAUUUAUUAUUAGGGAGCUUGAAACAUGAGAUUGCAAAAGUUAACACAAAACAUAAUGGUAGCGUCUUUGAGCAUAACAAGGUUUUGGAUUACACUACUUCGAAGCUAAAAUUGGAAGACAUUAAUGUCGAAAGUGAUAAAUGUGUUUUAUUCAUAAACAUGAACAAAAUUAUUGAAUGCUUGAUAAAGUUAGAUAUCUUUUUUUAUUUAAAACAAAGAUAUACCUACGUACAGUUAUAUAUGAAUGCUUUUUGUAGCGUGCACUUAAAAAAAAAUUUGUUAAAAAAAAUGCUCUACAUAGCUAAUAACUUGUAUGUACACGAAAUAUAUGGGCUUGUCUCUGAAAUUUUAGAAAAGUCACUAGGUGCAUACGAACAAAUUUCAUAUAAUUUUAUUAAAAAUGUAGAAAAUAAGGUCUUUGAAAAAAUUGCAUUCUAUAUAUCAGAAGAUGAUUAUAUCGAAAUAUCAAACACAUUAUUUGUACUAUUUUAUGAAUAUUUGGAAAUUUUUAAUUGGGAUAAAAAUCACAGAAAUGUUCUUGGGAUUCCUGUGAAAUGCGAUACAGAGUCUUUUGAACGAAGGCUCUUGGAUAAUAAGAAGGUUGAUAUUUUGCAAAGCGAGAACAAAUGUAAUUCUAGUGAUAACCCCAAAUCCGUUGUGACGGAAAAUGAUGUUAAAGCUGAAAAUGUUAUAAACAUGAUUAAUAAAGAAAGCAUUGUAAAAAAUUAUGAGAAUAGUGCAAAUAAGAACAUUCUAAAAUAUAAUGUUCAAGGAAACAGUGUUUUUGUACGGGAUAUAGUAAACUUAUUUGAAUUUUUGAAGAUGAAUAAAGGAAAAUUUUUACUAUUUCAACUUUAUAUAUACCUUUCUAAUAGCCAAAAGUUCCAAAAGAGUAAUCCAUUAUCAUCCGCUUUACACAUGGAGGUGUUUAGGGUUUUAAAAGACAUGUACCCAAGGUAUCAGUACGAGCAAAAUUUCAACAUUAAAAAUGAGGAAGGAACAUUUCUGUACUCGAUUGAUAUCGUCCUACUUCAAGUAAACACAUGA